CCCCCACCCCCACCCCCACCCGAUGCUGGAGAUGGCCAGUCAACCUCUGGAGGACGGCGCCGAGUCCCAGGUGCCCGACGAGCUGGAGUGUAAGAUCUGCUACAACCGCUACAACCUGAAGCAGCGGAAGCCCAAGGUGCUGGAGUGUUGCCACCGGGUGUGCGCCAAAUGCCUCUACAAGAUCCUGGACUUCGGGGACUCCCCGCCGGGCGUCAUCGUCUGUCCCUUCUGCCGCUUCGAGACCUGCCUGCCGGAUGACGAGGUCAGCAGCCUACCCGACGACAACAACAUCCUGGUCAACUUGACUUGCGGGGCCAAGGGCAAGAAGGGCCUGCCCGAGAACCCCACCGAGCUGCUGCUCACCCCCAAGCGGCUGGCCUCGCUGGUCAGCCCCUCGCACACGUCGUCCAACUGCCUGGUCAUCACUAUCAUGGAAGUGCAGCGGGAGAGCUCCCCGUCCCUGAGCUCCACGCCUGUCGUGGAGUUCUACCGGCCGGCCAGCUUCGACUCGGUCACCACCGUGUCGCACAACUGGACCGUGUGGAACUGCACGUCGCUGCUCUUCCAGACGUCCCUGCGGGUGCUGGUGUGGCUGCUGGGCCUGCUCUACUUCAGCUCCUUACCGCUGGGCAUCUACCUGCUGGUGUCCAAGAAGGUCACCCUGGGGGUGGUCUUCGUCAGCCUGGUCCCUUCCAGCCUGGUGAUUCUCAUGGUGUACGGCUUCUGCCAGUGUGUGUGCCACGAGUUUCUGGACUGCAUGGCACCUUCUUCUUAGCUGGCAGGUGAA